ACCAAUCAUAUGUUGUUUCGUGUUGAAUCUAAAGUUAAAUCCCCGGUUGUCACAGUUGUCGAGCAUAAUAUCCCAAGUUUAUCUAUUUGUGAUUGUUAUUGAACUUAGCGAUCGUAUAUUCAAGGAUAUUUGGAAAUUUUGGUUAACUUAAAUUGCUUCAUGCAGUGUGAGAAUCUUUUUGUUAUAGCAGCCGUUUUCGGUGCAUUUGUCACAGAACUGACCAUGGUACUGGCAGGAAAAGAUUAUUAUAAGAUUCUUGGAGUGCCCAGAGAUGCAAAAGAUAGGCAAAUAAAAAAAGCCUUCAGAAAAUUAGCUGUUAAAUAUCAUCCUGACAAAAAUAAAGAAAAAGACGCAGAAAGUAAAUUUCGAGAAAUUGCCGAAGCAUAUGAGGUUUUAUCAGACGAAAAAAAGCGUCGUUUAUAUGACCAGUUUGGAGAAGAUGGUUUGAAAGAAGAAGGUUUUAGAUCACAAACAUACGAUUUUAAUGACUUUAAGCAUUUUGACGGAUUUGGUGAAUUUGGGGGAAGAAAUGGAAACAGACAGCGUGGUAAUGGUUUUAAGUUUUCAUUUGGUGGUGGUAAUUUUAAUGAUUUUUUCAACAUGGAUCAUGAUGAUGAUGAUGAUGAUGAAUAUUUUGAUGAGGAAUUUAGUCCAUUUGGUGGAGACUUUGAAGGAUUUAGUGAUGGGUUUGAAAGUUUCGAGGAUUUUGGGGAAUCAAUGUUUGGACACCAUAGAAACACACAUGGAAACAAUAUUCAUACUGGACAUACAUUUCGAGAGUCAUCAGGUUCUCGUAAACAAAGUUGUCGAACUGUGACACGUAAAGUUGGUAAUAUGGUCACUACUUUCACACAAUGUACAUAAAAUUGUUAUUUAUUGAAUCCUAUAAAGUUAUGUUUCAAUGCUUGUGUACGCUUGAUUUUAAAUUGUUUCAUGAGAAUGAUAAUAAGUUUUGAAUGGUUAAGCACUGUCAAUAAGAGCCCAUGAAUAUUACAAUUGUUUAUAUUUAAAUAUAUUUAAUUGGUUAGAA